UCAGGCCCACCGCCGCCCACACCACUACCUGUAACGUAGCACGCUAGUACGUAGCUCGUCUGUGCAGUGCACUCAUGGCGGCUUCGCUAGGACUUACCACCAGCCAUGAAGCCUACUACUCGGCCCACCCGGCGGCCUCCUCCUUGUACAAUUUCGAAGCCGGUGAUCCCUUCGUGGCAGCGGCGGACGGUGCCGCGGAGCUGAGCUUCCCGGAGCUCGUGGAGGCCGCUCGUGCCUCCGACUACUCGCCGCUUCCGGCGUUCGGCGCCGCUGGAGGCGAGACGAUGAACAUGUACGGGCGGAGCGUCGUCUUCCCUAUGACGGCCUCGUACUACUGCGACGGCGCGUGGAUGUUCGAGGACGACGCGGCGGCGAGGGCGAGAGGAGGAGGGAUCGGUGCUAUGGCAGGGCGGCCGUCGGGGAGGAUCGGGUUCCGGACUCGGUCGGAGGUGGAGGUGAUGGACGACGGAUUCCGGUGGAGGAAGUACGGCAAGAAGGCGGUGAAGAGCAGCCCCAACCUGCGCAACUACUACCGGUGCUCCGCCGAGGGGUGCGGGGUGAAGAAGCGGGUCGAGCGGGACCGCGACGACCCGCUCUACGUCCUCACCACCUACGACGGCGUCCACAACCACGUCACCCCCGGCAGCACGUCGUCGAGGGCGGCGCCGGCGUACUCGGCGCCGACGGCGCCCGCUUGGACCUGGAGCGAGCUGCAAGCGGCGGCGCACUCCUCGGAGUCCUACUGAACUGAGCUACCGAAUACUGAUCGACCAGUACGGAGCUGGUUACCUUAGUUUUUAUGAUCGAUUACGGUUCAGAAAUCUCACGGAUGCAUGUACACGAUUUGUUGCCUUGAUGGUGGUGUGCCGUCACUGAAUAAUUCGGUCGCUUCCACGUCCAUUGUGCACGAUGGAAACGCCGAUCGACGGCAUGCAGUAUCUAUCUGUAAAAAGAAAAUAAAUUGAUGCACGAACAGGUUAACAAACA